GAGUACCCACCUCCUUGCCGAAACAGAGAGUGCAGAAGCAGCAAGGGUCCAGUCCAGCUACUACAUCUGUGGACGUUUCAACGAGAGACUGCUGUAUCACAUGAAAGGCUUAACAUUUACCUAGCCAGAUGUGUAACACAACAUAUCGUUUGUUCAUAUUGUGAGCGUUUUCCAUCGGAAAUAAUUCUGUUGUUUGGAUGCCGGGAAGCUCAUUGGGUAAAUACGACGCACGCCAUUUGUCUUGUCGUGACCGAAUAGCAUUGUGUGAAUGCUAUGCCGGCGUACACUAUUUGCAUUUUGGGGUUCAUGUAAGUCAUUUCCCUCCACGAUGCAAAUUAAUUGUGUAGCUGUCCUUACCGUUUUCACGUAGCACCGUGUGCGUUCAAUUUAAGGCUCCUAUGAUGAUAAAGGCGUUUAUUAAACAUGUCCGUCGGUUCCCUUGGGUCACCAAUGUGACAUUGUACGGUUGCCUUUUCGCUGGAGGGGACUUUGUUCACCAGUGGUUUUCGCAGCGGGACAAAAUGGAUUGGAGCCAUACACGGAAUGUCGCCGUUGUCGCGUUCAGUUUCCAUGGCAACUUCAAUUUCUUCUGGAUGCGCUUUCUGGAGCGCAAAUUCCCGGGCUAUUCUGCCGGGAUGGUGAUGAAGAAGCUUUUCUUGGAUCAGACCACGGCUGCGCCCUUGGCCACCAGCGCAUUCUACACAGGUGUCAGUUUCUUAGAGGGCAAGGAGGAUGUCAUGGAAGACUGGAGGGACAAAUUCCUGAACACUUACAAAACUGGGUUAAUGUUCUGGCCCUUCAUGCAGUUUCUGAAUUUCGCCUUGGUGCCUCCGUACGUGCGAACAACCUUCAGUGGCUGCUGUGCCUUCAUUUGGGCCACUUUCUUGUGUUUUUCGCGUCAGAGUGGCGACGGCACCGCCGGUGCUGCCCUCGAGUGGAUGUUCCCCUCCAAAGGGGACGGAGCAGAGCAGGCAGACAAGAUGAAAAGAAAGGUACUUGCUUCGAAAGAGGCAGUCCUAAAUCCUUCACCCAAACAGAAGUGAAAAAAAAGAAAACGACGGAAAAUACAUUGGGAGUCAGGGUAGAAAGCAGCUCAUGAAUUACUCAGGGGGUCAACGUUGGCCUUAAGUUGCCACGGUCGUUCAGAUUUCGAAGCCACACUCUCGGCCGCAACAUAAGGUACACAUGGUCAGCUAGAAAUAAUUAAACAUAUGCCAGUAUCAAUACAAAAUUAAUCCAUCUAUUUUCAACACAACUUAUCCUACAAUAAUCUUUAAAAACAUCAUCAGUCUUGUUACAACUUCUGUAUUGUAUCUCAUUGUGGCGGUGUACCUAAUGCUGUGGCCAGCGAGUUUAUGGUCAGAAACUGCUCCACAAUACGACAGGAGAUUGUCUUCCAGAAACAGGGUGAACAAGCAACAUGUUUUAACUGUCAUCAUGUCUGCGAGGCUUCUCACUCUCACUCACAUUUGCUCUCCAAAAAGGCUCGAAUCACAGGUCAUAGGUCAUCUUGGUGGCUGAUACUUGAAAACUGUCCACAAUCUGCUUGCUCUAUUGUGACCAGAGCAUAUCAUCAUAUUCAAGAAUGAAACAACUAAUAGCAAAAAUAUGUAGUCAUGGGACCUUCAAAUAACUGCCACAAAGUUUUUUUAAACGGUACACUGGCUUGUUAAAAAGAAAAAUAGCAUCUCCCCUAUCGCCAUGGUGACCCCUGAUCACCUACUUGUUGUGCAGGGCUCAUGCAAAGUUGCUCCACAUCAAAACAACCAGACAUUAUUUAUUGCAAGCAUUAACGUUUACCACAUACAUUUAGAAACUCCUUUUACUUCUGAUCUUUGAAGUUCAGGUAA